GGAAUUCCGCGAUACAGCUUUAACAGGCUGUGCGCGCACCCGCGGACACGACUCAGUUUCUGGCAGACAAUCACGACACCGGAACUCAGUGUCUAUACACAUUUCGCUCCGAGGUGUAUAUUGCGCAGAAAACAAGGAAAAUGCGCACCGCUUAGUUUCCACAGAAACCCGCGUCAGUUCUGCCGCUGAAGAUUUUCGGCUGCAAAAGAAGAAACAGCCCAAGUCCCGGCGUUGAGCGCGCGGCUAGUAGAGCGGCUAGCAGGAGAUGGACGGUCUGUUUGUGGCAACUAUGGCGGAGCACGAAGACACAGUGGAGCGGUCAGAGAGGGAGAACUGUCACCGGAGGAGGCUGCUCGAUGCUCUGGUGAAGCCCGAAGUCAGUGUGCACACAGCAGCAGAUGACCAGAAGGUGAUUAAAGAAGAGGUUCCUCCUGAGCAACAGCAGCGGAGCCCCAGUGUGGACCAAGGGGAGCCAGAGUGCCCCCUCAUUAAAGAGGAAGAGGAGGAAGUGUGGAUCAAACAGGAGGAAGAGGCUGAUAUCAUUGCUGUGACUGUGAAGAGUGAAGAAUAUGAAGAGAAACCUGAGUUCUCGCAGCUGUGUGACACUGAGGAGAACAGAGAGGACUGUGAGGUACCAGAACCAACUAGGGACUUGGUUCCAAAUGGUCAUUUAGGACCAGGUGCUGAGGACAGAACGCAAGACUCAGAGACUGAAGACAGUGAGGGUGAUUUGAAGGAGGCCAGUGAACUCCCAAGUUUAAAAACAGUGCAAAAUAAAAUGUUGUCCAUUGAUUCCAGUGGUAACACUGGUGAGAAACGUGGCUGCUCUGAAUUUGGUGAAAGAUUUGCCUCCAAGUCACUUCUGCUGAUACACGUGAACACUCGUUUUGAAGGGAAACCAUUUAGUUGCUCCGAGUGUGGUAAAGGAUUCGUCCAAAUGAGCAGUCUGAAGAGACAUGAGAAAAUUCACACAGGAGAGAAACCGUUCAGCUGCUCCGAGUGCGGUCAGAGGUUUAGACGGAGCGAUUACAUGGAGAGACAUGUGAGAAUUCACACAGGGGAGAAACCAUUCAGUUGUUCCGAGUGCGGCAAAAGAUUUAUCUCGAAGAGUGAUUUGAGGAAACACAACAGAGUUCAUACGAGAGAGAAGCCAUUUAGUUGCUCGGAGUGUGGCAAAAAAUUCUCGAAAAAGCUGUAUCUGAGGUCACAUGAGAAAUUUCACACAGGGGAGAGAGCGGUCACUUGCUCUGAAUGUGGUGAAAGGUUUAGCCAUGAGCGCUAUCUGAGGUCACAUGAGAAAAUUCACGUAGGAAAGAAACCCUUUAGUUGCACCGAGUGUGGUAAAAGAUUUUCAAGUAAGAGCAACCUGAGGUCGCAUCAGAAAAUCCAUCAAGGAGAGAAACCGUUUAGUUGUUCUGAAUGUGGUAGAGGUUUCAUCCAUGAGUGCUAUCUGAGGUCACAUGAGAAAAUUCAUACAGGAGAGAAACCCUUUAGUUGCACCGAGUGUGGGAAAAGAUUUUCCAAUAAGAGCAACCUGAGGUCACAUGAGAAAAUCCAUCAAGGAGAUAAACCAUUUAAUUGUUCCGAGUGUAGCAAAAGUUUUAUCCACGAGUGCCUCCUGAGGUCCCACGAAAAAAUUCACACAGGAGAGAAACCAUUUCAUUGUUCAUCCUGCGAUAAAAGGUUUACUUUAAAGGGUUAUCUGAAAAAACACGAGAAGAUUCAUGCAGUAGAGAAACCAUUUAGUUGCACUGAGUGUGGUGAACGAUUUAUUGAUGAAAGUAGUCUGUGGACACAUAAGAAAAUUCAUAGAAAAUAGAAAC